AUGGCUGCCGAUCAGAUCUACGAUAUCCGAGAGCUCCCUGAAGAACCCCGGAUUCCCUCGGGGCAAAAAUACCGAAAUUGUCUUGUUUAUGUAGCGCAUCUGGCUAUUUGGAUCGGCAAUAUCUAUGUUGCCUUCCGUUUAUUGGCAAUCUUGCUUUCCCCGCAAACAUGGCAGAUGUGGGCGAUGUUCCUCGUCGAGGGCGUUUUUAUUCAUCUAUCACGAAAAGAUCAGCACCUAGUCAUUGCAGCGUCCAAGGUCAGAGAGAAUGGCCCGCGCAAGAAGCUACGCGUGCAUGGGACUAAGGAUCUUCCCCGCGUGGAUGUGCUGUUGCCUUGCUGUGGUGAAGACGUGGAUGUCAUCAUAGCUACAGUACGUGCCGCAUGUGCUCUCGAUUAUCCGAUCUCUUGCUGUCGUGUCCUGGUCCUGGAUGAUGGUGGGUCGGCGGCUUUGAAAGAAGCUGUGUCAGAGCUUCAAUCCCAAUGGAGCCAUGUCUCAUAUCAUUCCCGCGGAAGACAGUCUGGGAUGGUUUUUGCCAAAUCAGGAAAUCUGAACUACGCAUUGACCACACUCCAAAGAGAGAAUCCGCCUGAAUUUUGUGCGAUUCUCGACGCGGAUUCUGUCCCAGGUCCCGACUUCCUUCGAGCAACUCUGCCUCACCUCCUGCAAAGCCCUGAUGCUGCUCUAGUUUCCACGCGUCAGUAUUUCUCUAAUUUACCAAAUGGUGACCCACUUUCUCAGACUCGGAGUCAUUUCUAUACUUGCCAGAACGCUGCGCUGGAUGUCCUCGGUCUCGCAAUUGACGCGGGUUCUGGGGCAGUAUUCCGACGAAAGGCAAUCGUGGAAGUUGGUCUGUACCCAACUUUUUCAUUCUCCGAGGACUGGCAGUUGUCCCAAAUUUUACAUGGCAUGGGCUGGCGUACGUUCCAAGUUCAGGAGCCUCUGCAGUUCGGUUUGGUCCCAGACUCGCUUACAGGACACUGUGCUCAGCGCAAUCGAUGGAAUAUUGGACACGCCCAACAGAUUCCCGCCAUGCUUUCAUCGGAUUACAAGCACUACAAGAAGUCUUUACGGUGGAGCAUUAUCUGGGAUGGGUUUGGAAUUGUUGCCGGAGAAGUCGAGUGCUUUUUCGGCUUUCUUGCAGUCCCAUUGCUCUUCUUGUCAGGGCAGCUAAUUCCGACUGCCCACCCUUCUCUGGUCAAGGCCCAGAUUCUCAUGGCUGUCUGUCAAGUAUCAGUCUUGUGGAUAUAUGAGUAUCUUCAGGUUGCGCAUAAUGAUUUCCAAAGUGCACCAUUUGCUCAUCUGGAGAAUAAAUGGUUAGCUGGUUCAAACGUACUCGCCAUAUUAAGAUUUUACCUCGUCUCUGCCAAGCCCAAGGGAUCUUCAUUUGUCACGGGAAGCGUUCUCAAUUCUUGGAACCAACAAGCCUUGUCGGCCUGCAGAAAAGCGUACCUGGAUCUCUGGAAGAACGGCGUCUUCUACAACCUUUCCUUACUGCUGGCUACCGUGUGGGCUGUCUCCUUCACGAUCACAUCCUUGAUGGCAUCGUAUGAGGACUGGACAAUUACCAGCUUGAUGACCGGCGUUGCCUUCCCACCUUUGCUGCACAUCUGCUACCUCACGUUGAUGGUAAAUUGGGUGCCUGUGGCUUAUAUCCUGAAGCCCCCUCAUUUCCCUAAGCAUCCGUCUCAUCUGACAGCUGAGGGCCGAAGAUCAGUAUCCCGAGUUGAAACCAAACGUGGCCUGGCUUCGGAGUCAAGAUGGCCCGCUGUGGACAAGGUGGGCAAGGAAAUAUUGCAUUUGGGCACCAGGUUGGAGAUCCAAGAGCGUCCUGAGCUCUAG